AUGUGCGAGCGUGUGCACGUACUGUAUGUGCGAGCGUGUGCACGUACUGCAUGUGCGAGCGUGUGCACGUACUGUAUGUGCGGCGUGUGCACGUACUGCAUGUGCGGCGUGUGCACGUACUGUAUGUGCGGCGUGUGCACGUACUGCAUGUGCGAGCGUGUGCACGUACUGUAUGUGCGGCGUGUGCACGUACUGCAUGUGCGGCGUGUGCACGUACUGUAUGUGCGAGCGUGUGCACGUACUGCAUGUGCGAGCGUGUGCACGUACUGUAUGUGCGAGCGUGUGCACGUACUGCAUGUGCGAGCGUGUGCACGUACUGUAUGUGCGAGCGUGUGCACGUACUGCAUGUGCGAGCGUGUGCACGUACUGUAUGUGCGAGCGUGUGCACGUACUGUAUGUGCGAGCGUGUGCACGUACUGCAUGUGCGAGCGUGUGCACGUACUGCGUGUGCGAGCGUGUGCACGUACUGUGUGUGCGAGCGUGUGCACGUACUGCGUGUGCGAGCGUGUGCACGUACUGCAUGUGCGAGCGUGUGCACGUACUGCGUGUGCGAGCGUGUGCACGUACUGCGUGUGCGAGCGUGUGCACGUACUGCGUGUGCGAGCGUGUGCACGUACUGCAUGUGCGAGCGUGUGCACGUACUGCGUGUGCGAGCGUGUGCACGUACUGUAUGUGCGAGCGUGUGCACUGAUGGAGCCUCUGAAAGCAUUAGCCAACUCCACCCUCCCUUCUAGUGGCGACUCAGGAAUGUAA